AUGGGCACCUCCAUCCCAGCUCAUUUCAGUAUCCCAACUGAGCGGCUCCACAUAUCCUACCUUGAGCCCGCAAACCAUUCACACAGCGACUUUCUCCGCCACCUCUGGAACACCGAUGAAUUCAUCGAGGCCGAAGGCAACACAGGCCUUGAUACACUAGAGAAGAUAGACGACUUCAUCACUAACAAAGUCCAAGCCAACUACAAGAAGAAUGGAUAUGGCCAAAUGCUUGUGUCUUUGAAACCGCACGCUGGGGCCUCAUUGGCCGAAAGCAAACCGAUUGGAAUUGUCUCCCUGAUGAAGGGUGAUGGAGAGAAUGCAUACACAGCGCCAGAUGUAGGGUACACUAUUCUACCACAGGAGAAUAGCAAGGGAUAUGCCACUGAAGCGGCGCUUGGGCUGAUCGCGUAUGCAAAGAGGGAAUUCGGUGUGGAGGGGGUGUUUGGGUUCUGUGCUCAAAAUGAUCAGCGCAGUCGGCGAGUCUUGGAGAAGAUUGGGAUGGAGUUUCGGGGGGAACGACAUUUGAAGUUUUUUGGAGGGGCGCAUAGUGCUGUCUAUGCAUUGCCUGGAAUGGAGGAUUUGAAGGAUUAUGGAAUUGAGGAUGAAUGA